GUAAACAACUUUAUUUUUUUAAACUUCAGGAUAAGUUUUAUUAUUUUCAAGCUUUCAACGAAGGUCACUUUUUUAUCAAAGAUAGUAGGUAGAUACAUAAGGCAAUAUGAACGGAAAAUGUUCCCCUUUUGAGUAUGUGCGAAGGGGAGUCUUCAUUUAGAAUGGCAUUAACUCGAUACACAAAAUUAAAUGUACGUAUUAAAGUGACCAUUGACUUGUUACAUCUACGAAAGUAUGUUAAAAAAUGAUUUCCUGAUUAUUAAUAAGUAGUAUAAUAAGGAUAAUCAUUUUAUAAUCGAUUUUAUUAAGAAUUUGGUAUCACUUAAGAGGAUGGUGAACCUUAAUUAUUUAAUUAUAAAUAUAAAAGAAAAACUUAAGUACAUAUUCAAUAAGUAAAAUGAAAAGUGUAGAAGUUUAAGUCACUGUAGCUGUAAAAUUGCAUCACGAAUUUUUUCAUAAAUGAAAUAUGAAGCGUCAUUCUAAUUUAUGUAUUUGCUUGAAAUCGCGUUCUUGUUUUGUAAUUUUAAUUCAUUUUUAUUGUGUCUGUUGAUGAUUAAUUCGGUUUACUGAAUACUGGCUAGUUAUGUGUGGGUUAUUCAUUCGAUUAAAUUUAGUAUUCUGUAAAGUAAAUUUAGAAUCGUGUAAUGUACUAAAAGAAUUCGCUAGAAAUACAGGCGAGCCACUACUAAAGAAACGAAAUGGCUAUUUUUGUUUCAGAAAUUCUUUUGAACCCAAAAGACAUUGGCGUUAAAAACGCCUGUUAGUGCAUUUCUGUUGAAAUUGAAGAAAACUUUGUUCACUUUUUCUAUAAUUUUCCGGUUGAAAUUAGUGUCUAAUUUUAUUUUGGUGUUACUAAUUAUUACUUAAAUAGGUGCUGUCGAUGACCGAUUUAGCAUUUAAUGGUUAUAUGAAGUCGAGAAGACGAAGCAGUGAUUUAAAAAAAUAUAAAGGAGUAAAUAAAGACUCUGAGUGGUGGAAGAUGUGGGCUUUGAGAAUGGCGAUGCCGUUGUUGGGGGUGCUGGUCUGGGUGAUCUCCAGCCAUGCAGGCACCUUCACACUAGCAUCCUUUAUACCACACUACUUCGAAGGUUGUUUCAUAACGACUAACCAGAUAGACAAAAUUAAAUGUUCACAGAGAAAAGCGAUUUUCUCUGUGACUAAAAUAAUGGAUUUCCAUUAUUUUUGUAUGCAAACUAAGGAUGUUUUAUCCUAUUUGUGAAUAGUUUGUGUAGAGGUAAGACAUUAAAAGAAAAAUCGUUAAAAGUUUGUUUGUCUAACAGUUCCUGACAUUUUGACCAACAUUUUUCUCGGUCUAUACAACUUGUCGGGGACUUUAUAGGACACUAUUUCUAAGGCCAUUUUUUGUACACAGUACAUGUACUACCUACUCAUUUGCACAACAAAUUUAUCAUCAAUUUGUAUCACUUCGUCCAGAUUAUGAUACUCCAUCGUCACCUAUACGUAAUUUCUUAAAGCGUUUUCUUGAAAUAAAUGCCUUUAAACGAGAAAAUGCGAUAAAGCAUUUAAAUUUGAUUUUCCGACUAGGUCAAGAACGGAAAAUUGAAAUGAUCCUUGACGGUACGUGUUCUGUGAUACAGAAAGUAGAUGUGAUCUAAAUGGGGGUUGGAUAUAAGGAUGUUUGAAGGCUGAUGUACAUUCUGAAUGCAUAAUUGUUUAGCUAAAGAAGAAAAUUGAUCAACAAAACAAAACAAAUGUUUGGUUAUCGUAUAUUUACUUUUUAUUAAAAAGAAGCGGGUAGUUUAUCAAUUUUCU